UUUGUAAAGUAAAGAGUAUUACAUCAAAUUUUAUUAGUAACCAUGAGUGAUUUAGGAUUUGACCCUACUUUGAAGAAGAAGAAGAAGGCCAAGAAGACCGACGAGGGCGAGGCCGGUGCCGCUGAUGCCGCCAGUCCUACCCCUGAAAUAGAUGACAUGUUCGCAGGCUUGAAGAAAAAGAAGAAGUCCAAGACUACCGAUGAUGCCUCUGGUUCUCCAGCUGCUGAUGACUUGUCUGCCUCCCUUGGCGACCUCACAUUGAAGAAGAAAAAGAAGAAGUCUGUGAAGAGUGCUGACGCCACCGAUUUCGAACAACAAUUGGAAGAAGCCGGUGUAGAAGACUCCGUUGUGACCACUGAAGAAACCUCCGACAAGCCAGAAAAGAGCUCUGUGGGCGGCUUAGCCUACGAAACGCUCUUGUCACGUUUCUUCUCCAUCUUAAAGCAAAAUAACCCAGAACUAGCAGGUGAUAGAUCAGGGCCAAAGUUUAGAAUCCCACCUCCAGUCUGUCAAAGAGAAGGUUCUAAGAAGACCUUGUUUGCCAACGUACAAGAAAUUGCCACCGUUUUGCAAAGAUCCCCAGAGCAUUUAAUACAGUUUUUGUUUGCCGAAUUGGGUACCUCUGGUUCCAUCGACGGUGAAAAGAGAUUGAUCUUGAAGGGUAAGUUCCAGCCCAAGCAAAUGGAGUCCGUGUUGCGUAGAUACAUCAUCGAGUACGUCACCUGUAAGACUUGUAAGUCCAUGAACACCGAGUUGAAGAGAGAGUCUGCCAACAGAUUGCAUUUCUUGAGUUGUAAGGCUUGUGGAUCCACCAGAUCUGUUUCUUCCAUUAAGACCGGUUUCCAAGCACAAAUCGGUAGAAGAAAGAGGGCUUGAUCUGUGUAUAGUAUGUCAUAGAAUGAACA